CUGGAAUGCCUGGCCACCAUCAGCAAGCGCAUUAAGUUGGGCAAGCCUGUUGAGCAGGCAGUUGCUGACACAUGCAUUGGGGAGCCACAAUGCAAGGAGUACAUUGACACCAUUGCAUAUUUUGCAAAGCUCUACACUGGAGGGGAGGAAAUGCCCAUGGCAGAUUUCUUGGUGGCAUUUAGCAAGCAAUAUGGUGAAAGUGCCUUGCUUGGAGAAGAGUUUAUGCGGAUGGUGACCCAUUAUGACUUCAGGCUGCAAGGCACUGUGCUUCCUUGCUUCAGGGUGGCCUUGGUAGCCACCCAGUUGAGCGCCAGCAAAGUUGUUGACAAGGUGAGCAAGCUACUUGUUAAGGGUGACUUUGAUCGCCUCAAGAACAAAUGCAGCAAUGCACUGAAGGAAGUUGAGCUGUUGCUCCAUGAUGGGUGGAAAAUUGUCCAGAAAGCAGGCCAUUUGGAAGAACGCAAGAAGCUUGGUGUUUUUUGGCAGAAGCAAAAGGCUGGGAGGGAAUCCAAGCCUUGGAUGAAUAUGAAGGAAAUCACUGAUCAGUUUGCAGCUGAAAUGCUCUGCCCACCUGGGUCCAGCAGCAGCAGCAAAGAUGCUCCAGGGAAGGAAGCUCCUGCCAGCCAGGUGGAGUUUCAUGAUUUGCUCAGUGCCAAUGAGGCAGAAAUUGCCUUGCUCCAGCAUAAGCACUUGAAGGUGGGAGAGCAUUACCAGAAUGCCAAGUACCAUGGUGCCACCAUCUUCAAAUUGUUUGAGCAUGUGCCCCUUGUUGGCUCUGCCAAUGUGCAAGAAGUGCCUCUAGGCGAUGAUUUGAAGGAGUGGAGGCACACCAAGAAGCCCAUGCCAGCUUUGCUACCUCCAGAGGUUGCAGAGAAACAUUUGGGCCACACAUCUACUGCCCUCCAAGACAGCAUCCUCUUGCAUCAAACACAGAUCUCUUUGCACAAGGCUUUUAUCACCAGCCCUGUGAAUGCAAAAGCUAUUGGCUUUGUGUCCAACCCACCUGGGGUUUGCUCCCUGAAGGCUUUUGCUGAAGGUGCUUUGGUGCUCAAGCCCUAUGGAACCCUGUGCCAAGCAAAAGACCAGGAGAAGGCAAAGUUCUUGGUUGGCAAUUUUGUCAUCAGCCCACCCAAGAUUGUCUCAGAAUUUGAAAAGCUUGAUGAGAAGAGUGUGCUCAUACCAUUUUGGUAUGUCAAAGCCACACAAGAUGAAGACCUUGUCACAAUGGAGCUUACAAAGAAGACUGUGCAAGGCAUUGAGCUGCCUGUGUAUGUGAACUGCAAAGCAGUACAGCCAGGUGACUUGUUGCUGUGUGCCCAUGAAAGCUUGCUCAAGAAGCAAGCAAAAUCUUCUGCAGUAAAGCGCCCAGCUGAUGGCAAGGCUGAUCCCAAGCCAAAGAAGAGGAAGACUACACAGCUGCUCACAGGGGCUUGGCUGCUGGCAGAUGCCCUGAUCAAUGGAAUUCCGGCCAUCAAGAAGAAAGACUCUGAUCUAUGGUUGUGGUGCAGCCCAGCAAAUGCUGCAUGGUACAUCAGUGCACAAUGUCUUUCAGAUGGGGUUGCUUGGCCCAAUAUGGAAUGCUAUUGCAAGAUCCUCGACAAGGACAAGUCUCCUUCAGGUGAAAUCUUCAUCCCUCACAACAGCAAGGUGGCUGCAGAGUGGGUCCUCACUUCUGCCACUGUUUUUGUGGCAAAGAUGAGCCACUCCUUGGUUGGCAGGUUCAAGGGCAGCCAAGUGAUGUAUGCAGAAUUGCAAAAGCAAUAUGAUGCUCUGAAGGCUGAGAAUGAUCAGCUGAAGCUGGAGAUUGCGCAAGCUGAAUUGGCCAAGGAUUGCACUUCAGCCAAAGCGAGUUCAUCAGGUGUGCCUGCACCAUUGAUGCCACCUCCUCCUCCAAGAGCACCUGACUUUGGACCCUAUGGGAAAGGGAAGGUGGAGCAUGAGGGUGGCAAAGGCCAGAAGGGCAGUGCCAGUGCCAUGUGGAUGGCAGGACAGUCAGGCAACAAGGCCUACAUCACAGAGAAUUGGCAGAAGACUGAUGAGCUGGUGACACUGCAUCUGGGUUUGAUGGCAUCAGACUUUGUGACCAUGCUUGAAGCAGUAGAGAAAUCAUCUUUAGAUGAUGAGAAGAAACAAUGGAUGAAAGACAAGCUCAUGGAGAAGGCAGCUUCCAGUCAGGAAGGCCAGAGUGGAACCAAGAUUGUGAAGUCUCCACAGUCACUGACCAAUGUGCCUGCCUACCUCACCAAAGAUGAGCUACAACAGCUUAUGACUGGAGAAAUCUCUAAAGCUCCACACAUAGUUGUGGCCAGACUUCGAAUGAUUGGACUUACAUCAUUGGAAGAAGAUACCAAGAGAUCCUGUGUUGCACUCUUGGUGCAGUCAAUGCUGUGGCAUGGUAUGCAAAUGCCAGAUGGUGAUUACACUUACAUGCUCACCACCCAAUUCACCAGGCUCUUUCAGACAAGCCAGGUCAAGUCCAAUGUGGCACCAUGCAAGACCUAUCCUGACUCUCCCAAAGACAUGGGUGAUGAAUGGAUCAGGAAGGUCUAUGGAGAUGAUGCACCAUGUCUCAAGACUUUGCCUCAGCUACCAAGCCUUGCAGGUGAGGUGUGCAUUCGCAAUACCAACAUGAAGCUCACACAAAAUGCCAAGAAGAGCGACAGCAGCCAAAUGUCAUCAUAUGAUCUGAACCAGCCAGAAGGCUUUUUUGA